GUUUUUGUGUCUCGUGUAUUUUUUAUGAAUUUAUUUUAUAACCGCUUUACAUUAACGUCUUAUUAUGAAAGCGUAUAUUCUUUUAAUCAUAUUCAUGUUUAAAACUUUAACAUGCGAAAAAUAUGAGUACUCAUACAAUGUUGGAACAGUACUGUUUUCUCCUUUAGACACGAGAAAACCAUAUUGGAGCAAGACAGAUAUAAGCUUACUUCGAGCAAGACUAUAUUUCCAAAAGUUACUACCACCUCCUAAUGUUAAAAGUACCUCCAUCAAUAACUAUAUUGAUUCACUACUAGGAUACAUCAGAAAUACUUACAUGACCAUCAAAAGAGAAGCACUCGAUGCAAGGUCUGAUAAUAUCAUGAUCACAGCAUUUUGUGACACUAUAGGAGGGUACCUGAAGGCAUGGAUUGUACCAAUAACCAGACAUGGUUAUUAUGCGGGCUUAGUUUCUCAAGAUAAUGCACUUAAAAUCUUCAACUUUUAUGAGGAUAUCAAAAGUUACAUGCAGACUGAUGGGAGAGGGUGGAAACAUCCUGAUAGUAAUAUACAAAAUUCUAUGAACAUUGUAGUACCCAAAUAUCAUCCCAAAACCUGCAGAAUUAAUAAUGCUUGUCAGAAAAUUGCGUUCUUUGAGAAAACAGCAUCAGGUUUGAAAGUGCCUAUUCCGUACAUUAAUUGGGAUGAAAACGUAAAGACCAUGUUUGUACCUCUUAGAAACCAAUCUUUAAUAUCCCUGAAUUCUUCAGAUUCUUCAAAGGCGUUAUUUCAGUAUUAUGAUGCUGCAAGAUGUUGUAUACGCGAAAUUGAUACAGCAGAUCCAUAUGAUUUCGAUAAAAGAUUACAAUUGUGGCUCUUUCGGGAUAUAAUCCCACAUUUAAAUGACGAUCAACUCUAUCUUGCUUUAAACAGUGUAUUAACAUUAAUAAAUGAUACACAAGCUUUACCAGAAAUGAAACCAACGGACAAACCAUGUGUUUCAUACAUACCAAUUAGUUUUAGCUCGAAAAAAUUUAUUAUUGUUAUUGUGAUCCUAUUACUAGAAAUUGUAUGGUGCAUCCCAGCCUUUUUAUAUGUAACUAUAUGUUCUAGGAAAAGGAAAAAAAGUUGUAACAGUAAUGUUUUUCUUUUUGUUGAUUCUCAUAAUGAUACAGACGGGAGAUUUAGUAACACAACAACGAAAUCAAACGAUACUAGCAAAAAAUAUAUUCGAGGAAAUGCUGGAAAAAGUCAAAUAUCUGAGCAUGAUACUUCAUCAAAGAAUGUCCGUGUUCCGAGUGAUACGUGGUGUGAUAAUAAUGGAUUCAAAAUACAACAGAAACCUCGUCUACGCCACGUAGAAGUUAAAACACCAUUUUCUGAAAGAAUUCCAUCAAAAUAUUCUAUUGGUACAGGGACUCACUCACAUGUUUAUACAAAGGUUUCCUCCGCUGAUAUCGUAACUGUAGUUAAUGAAUCUAAAGUAGGUAUAAUCAAGUCUUCAAUUAAUAGUAUAUAUACACAUAAAAACGUAAUAGCAUCUGCUGAUAAGGCGGAAAUAAAAAUUCUGAACAUACAUAAUUGUACAUCAAAUCAAACGAAAUUGGACCAAUCUAUAUCAAGUAAAUCUGAAUCCAGUAAAUCUAUAUCGAAAAAAGAGAUAUUAUGUGAUUGUAAUUGUACACCUGUAAAUAGUACAAAAACUGAGAGCUUUGUCACAAUUCAUGAACUGGAACCUCGUAAAACUAUCACGUUAUUUAAGGGUCUUGAAACGUCAAAAGAAAGCAUUGAAUAUCCUUCAUUGAGUGUCCCUCAUUUAACUGCACCCAUCGAAAACAACCAAACUAAAGCCUUUCUUGACGGUGAUCUAGUUCGUGAAAUACAAGAUGAAAAAUGUCCCUGUAUGUCUUGUAUAAAUGAUCAGCCCUUACUCUGUAUCAAUAAAGUUAAUAAAACUCAACAUAAAUUGUCAAUAAGAAAGCCAACUCAUACUGAAAAGGUGACAAAAUUAGAGAAGUGCACAAAAUUCAAAUUACCAAUACAAACUAAAAGUAAUAAACAGCAAGGCUUAAGGUUAAGUUCUGGUAAUCCUUAUUUAGAAAUAAAAAUAGAUAGACCUCAUGCUGAAAUUAGUGUGGGUAUAGGAGAAACAUGUAAGCCAAAAACUGAUAAGAAUAACAAAGCAAGUAGAAUACCUAAAAGGGCUGUAAAAGAUAAAGUAGUUCGAGUAAAUUAUGAGACGUCACGAAGAACUCCUCUGACAUCCACAAAACAAAGAAGUAUGUUACCACAACCAAAAAAGCGUCCAGUUGAUGAUAUUGUUAUUACAAGUAAUAAAAUCACGUCUCAUGGUAGAUUGAAUGCAACAUUAUAGCUUUAGAUA